AUGAACGGUCUUACGCUAAGGAUAAGUGGAAGCAGUUCCAAAAAAAUAAAGGGCACUUUAGCAUACACUCCAGUCAUUAUACCUAAACAUUUAUUAGCAAAAACAGGUGAUGAAAAUAUAUUGGUUGAAAAGUUCCAGAAAUGUCAUAGUGUUGAUGAACAAUUAUCUGUAUUGAAAGAAAACCUGCAUACUUCUGAUGUCAUGACAUUAAAUUUUCUAGUUAUAAUAUUCCUUUUAGCUGAAAUGAAGCAUCCUGUUAAGUGUUUUCUAGUAAGGUAUAUAUCAAAAAAUAAUAACCUACAAGAAUCAUUUUCAAAGGCUCUUGCAUCGGAGAUAUUGUCCUACAUUUCUGUCAAAAAUGUGGAUUGUAAGGUGUACAUGGAAAUUAUCCCGAGAAUAGCGAGUUGCAUAGAAAACUUUCCAGCUGGAGGCAUGGCUAUAAAGCAAAUUAAAGUAGAACUUUCAGAGUACUUGGCACAAUGCUUGCAAUGUUGCGUUGAAACUUUAAGGUAUAUGAAAUCACUAUCACCUACAGAGAAAAAUGAACUAUUUAACUUAGCUCACUUAACCUUAAGGAUGUUACUCUACAUUGUGCAAAAAGUGACCUUCCACAACACUGCAGAAAUAACAUCUACAUUUAGUGCAUUAAGACUCAAUAUUAAAGAAUUGUUAUUUGAUGAGGAAGUACCAAUGGAUACAAAAUCAGUUUGUGGUAUACUUUUGAUAUCAAUGUAUAACUUGCAAGAAAGAUCUAAUGCUUGGAUUGAGAUUUUAAAAUCCGAGGUUACCGAUUGGGAAUUUAACAGUCUUAUGGAAAAUGACUCCGCUAAGUUAAGUCUGUACUCAGCUAUAACCACUGUUGUGCCAACACCUGAGUUGAUUACUAUGAGUGUUGGUCCAGAGUCUGCACUCAUUAAAUUAACUUAUAACAUACUAGCUAUUGGUGAAAAGACCAGUUCUGACUCCACUUUCACCCUAAGUGUGACCCGAACUUUGGUACAAAUCAGCAAGACUCUAUCUAAGACUUCCGACAGAAACUUAGGACUUCAACUAGUUGACUGUCUCCUAACAUUUGUUUGGUCUCAUCUUGAGCAUUACAUGGACAGUGUGCGUCAUUUGACUGGGCAGGUGUUGGCCAACAUCGUUAGAUACUGCACUGAAUUAAAAAAGGAAGGUGACGACAAAGCCUUGGAUAGACUCUUCACAGCACUAAUGUCUCUAGACAGGAGUCGAAAGAGUUACUAUGUGAGUCUAACUUCGCUCACCUCAGAAUUAGGUGCUAGCUGUAUUCUAGGAAGAAUGCCUAACGCAAUCUGUGACACUAUUAAGGCACUGGAUAUUCAAGCUGUACAAGCUAGCGCUACAACUGCGCUUGAGACUCUACUUCAGAGACAUUCCAAAGAGACUUCGAGCGAAGCGUUAUACAAAAGCUGGGUGAAGCCCAUAUUGUCACAUGUGAUGACGAAUGCUUUGGAUUCGGCAGUGUUGAACAUCCUUGAAAAUAUUCUACUGCAGGCUGUGAGAAUAGAUGAGAAUAUAUUGGAUUAUUUACUACCCUACAUAAAACAGUUGCCAAGUACAAACGGAAACUGUCGUGACGAUCUGAAAUGUGUCUUAAUGCUAUUGAGUGUCGUUCGAAAAUCCAAUGUCGCGGCGAAGUUGAAUGCAACCGAUGAAGAGUGGAAAGGCCUCAUCAGUUACGAACUUUUGAGAAUGGCUGCCGUCAAUGUAGUUGAUGAGACGCGCAUCCUGUCUCUAUCUCUAAUUGUGGAGUCCCCGAAAUCAACAGAGGCUUUCACCUCGCAGGAGCUGGAGCUUGUGUUGUGGUACCUCAAAUACAAUAUCAACGCGCAAGCUCCCAACUUUAGACAGCUUACGUUGUCGUUGAUGAAAAAGUUCAUAAAACGCCUUGAAGACAGCUUUAAAGUACUGAAAAGACAAAAAGGACUCAAUGAUGAGUAUAAUAAAGGCGAUUAUUACUUGUCAUUCGUUGAGAUGCUGCGCGAUUUUUGUUACGGAUGCUUGAUACGAGGAGUGAACUACAGUCGGCGAUACGUCGCUCUGCAGGUGCUUGUAUGGUGUGAAGAUGUCAGCCUUGAGGGAUAUCAAAGAACGUGGAAGCCACAUUACGUUGAGAAUCUAUUGAUACAUCUCGAGGACAGCUACGAGACCAACAAAGCUUUCGCACUGGAAAUAUUAAAAAUGUGCCCUGUAAAAAUGAUACAGGAGCAAAGGCACGUUAUUGGUUUGGAGCUAGACCAAAUUUUGCGACAGGCUUCAUCCGUCAAACCGACUGAUUGCAUCUCAGCCGCGUACAAGCUCCAAUUAAUGGUGGACAGGCUCCCGGAGAGUAUCCUUAAAGGAAGCCGUUGCGCAGUACCGGAAGCAGUAAAGUACUACUUGGCGUGUGUCCUGCUGCAAGAGCUGCGACGCGAAUUGAGUGUGUGCGAGCGCUGCGUGCUGCGCGCUGCGGGUGAGGCACCGCUGCACGGCCUACUGCAUGCGGCGCGCCACCUGCUGGGACACCUGCACCCGGGCACUAUAUCCCAGGAUCAGUCCUGGUCCUCACUAAUAGAGCAGAUAAUCAACACUUGCGUGGAGGUGAACGCAGCAGUGGCGUGCGUUGUAAACAACUCCUCACCCGAGGGUCACUUACCCAUGGACAUGUCAGGGGUUGUAAUCACCGACCAUGGCAAUUCAGGGAACGUGAAGCUGGAAGACGGUAGACUGGUUACAGCACAGAUGGUGUUGCUUUGUGCUUGGCGAUCGGUUAAGGAGGUGUCGCUUCUCCUGGGCUCCCUGUCGUCAAGAAUGACCAUCCAAGGCGAGGAGCAUGACUAUGGGACUCUGAGCCAGCAGCAGGUUGUGCUAAUCGGGAAACAUUUCACCAAACUCCUGGCGGAGACGAAACAUCGCGGGGCUUUUGAGCAGGCUUAUGUGGGCUUCACCAAGUUGUUGUCGAGGCUGUGGCGGUGUCGCAGUGAGUCCUUGCACUCUCUGCCUCGUCGCUGGCUGACUGAGAUGCUGCAGAGCAUCGCCGCUGAUGAUGGAACCGGACCCAUCAGCGCCACCAGGAGGAGUGCUGGGCUGCCCUUCAUGAUACAGAUGAAGGAUGACAAAGGCCACACACACACUCCACCUCAUGGCGCUGGUGAGCACGGAACUGCAGGUGAGCGAGCAAGCCGCGUGCUUGGACGAGUGCGUGUCUGCGAUGCUGCGCUGCGGCGGCGCACACGCCAGCAACGUGCUGCGGACGCUCGUGCGCUGCGCUGCGCUACAGCAGCGCGUGCGCCCGCACGUGGGGCCUGUGCUGCUGCACGCACUCAAGGCCUUCGACGCGCACACCUGGCAGGAGAGGAACUCUGCAACGCUGCUGCUGAGUGCUCUGGUGGUGCGCGUGUUUGGUGUGGCUCGUGCGAGGAGUUCGGAGCACUUGUCCAGCAGGAACACCAUGACCGGCAGGAUGUUCUUCCUGCGCUACCCACAACUCUACGACUUUAUGCUGGAGAAACUACAAGAAGCGAGUGGAAACGAGGAUGCCCAGUUGCUCACGCCGUCCCUCUACCCCAUUCUUCUUCUGCUGGCCAGACUCUAUCCGUCUGCUCUAGAGGGAACCGUCUCCAAUUUGAAGCUGGCUUGCUUCAUCGGACCCGUGGUAUCGUGUGCACGGAGCUCGGUGCUGAAGACCAGGCAGCUGGCUGCCAGGGCCAUAGUGCCACUUAUAUCGCCUAA